AUGAAGUCAGUCCAAACCAAAUCAGGCUUCAUACCACAUGACAUGUCAGUGACAAGUGGAGGAGAUCUAGUGUAUGCUACUCAAGAUGAAAGAACUGUAAACAUAGUGGAGAAUAAAAUAAUACAUGUACAUGAAACGAUCAGAUUAAAGGGAUUGCUACCUACCAACAUCUAUAGUACCUCAUGUGGUGACGUUUUAGUUGCCGUUUAUGAUGAGAUUGAAGAGUGUAGAGUAGUCCGUUACUCUGGUUCCAUGGAAAAACAAAUCAUUCAGUUUGAUAGUGUAUGCCAGCCUCUCUAUUUAUCUUGUCACUACAGUAAAAACAUCAGUGAGAAUAAAAACCUGGAUAUCUGUUUUGCUGACAAUGCUGCAAGUGCAAAAAUGGUGGUUAUUAAGGCGGGAGAACUCCGAUUUAAAUAUACUGGUCAUAGUUCUACUUCCAAAGGAUUGUUUUAUCCAUACGGCAUCAUAACAGACAGCAAGAGUCAUCUCCUGACAUCAGACAAUAACAACAACAACUGUAUCCACAUCCUACAUCAGGAUGGACAGUUCCUCCGUUACAUUGAAAACUUUGAUCUUCAUCAUCCACGGCUUUUAUGCGUAGAUAUGCGUGACAACCUCUUUGUCGCUGAGUGGACCAAGGGUUUGGUGAAGAAAAUUAAAUAUUUGUGA